AUGAGCUACUACGGUGGCCAAGACGAUGUCGGCGGCUUCUACGCCCCCCGCGGCUACGGCGACAAUGACGACGAGUCGCGCAACUCGAGAAACAACAACUACACCAUGCCGGGCGCCGGCUACGGCGGGCCCUACGCUGGCCACGGGGAGGGCCCAUCACAGGGCGGCUAUGGUUCGCACGGUGGUCAGCCGGGACGCUACCAGGACAAUGGCCCCUACCACGGGUCUUCCGGCAGCAAUUCCAGCCAGCCUCAGGGCAAUAGCCAUGGCGGGCCUUAUGGAAACGACGGCCCGGGCGGAUACGGCAGCAGCUCUGGUCCCCGCCCUUCUCAUGGCAGCCCUUAUGGUGGGCCUGCGGGAAACGACGGCCCUGGCGGAUAUGGUGGCAACUCUGGUCCUCGCCCUCCCCAGGGCGGUAACAACCAGGGUGGUCCUUAUGGUGGCCCUUCUGGAAACAGUGGUCCUGGUGGAUACGGCGGCAACUCUGGCCCGCGUCCUUCCCAUGAUGGCCCCUCAGGAAACGACGGCCCUGGCGGAUAUGGCAACAACUCUGGUCCCCGUCCACCGCAGGGCGGCAACAACCAGGGUGGUCCGUAUGGUGGUCCUCCAGGAAACGACGGCCCUGGUGGAUAUGGUAGCAACUCCGGUCCUCGCCCUCCCCAGGGCGGCAACAACCAAGGUGGUCCUUAUGGCGGUCCCUCUGGAAACAGUGGUCCAGGCGGAUACGGCGGCAACUCUGGCCCGCGUCCUUCCCAUGAUGGUCCUCCAAGAAACGAUGGUCCUGGCGGAUAUGGCAACAACUCUGGUCCCCGUCCUCCGCAGGGCGGCAAUAACCAGGGUGGUCCGUAUGGCGGUCCUCCAGGAAACAGCGGUCCAGGCGGAUAUGGCAACAACUCCGGUCCCCGCCCUCCGCAGGGUGGCCCGUACGGCGGUGGCAAUGGCAACCAGCGGCCGCCCCAGAACAACAGUGAUGGACCGCCGCGCCCCCCAGGCCCGUCAUCGAGCAUGUACAAUCCGUCGCAGGGUGGCCCACAGGGCCGUCCCCAAGGCGGCAACCAGGGCCGCCCGCAGGGAAGCGGCGGACCGCCUCGUCCCCCCGGGGGAGGUGGUGGAGGUGGUGGCGGCGGCGCGCCGGCUGAUCCUCUGAGUGGUCUAUUGGGCGGCGGCGGCGGCGGCCUGGAUAUGGCUGCACUGGCCCCGAUGGCCAUGGGACUGCUUGGUGGUGGUGGUAGCAAGGCUGGUGGUGGAGGUGGAGGUGGUGCUGGCGGACUUGGCGCGCUUGCAGCCUUUGCUCCCAUGGCCAUGGGGCUUCUGGGUGGUGGUGGCAACAAGUCUGGCGGCGGCGGUGGCGGCGGCGGCGGAGGGGCCGGCGGCCUGGGUCCUCUGCUCGGCAUGGCCUCGUCAUUCCUUGGUGGAGGCGGUGGAGGUGGUGGUGGCGGAGGCAAAUCCGGUGGUGGUCAGAGCUCCUUCUUCUCCAAGAUCCUGGGCAAUGUCUUUGGUGGCGGUAGCCGCGACCUGGCCGGAAUCCCGACCAGUGGGCUGCCUGCACACGAAGCGCAAAAGUUCUUUACUGAAAUCUACCAACAGAAACGCGACCUCGCGCGCUACUCCGAUGAGCAGCUGGGCGCGGCAGCCGCCGUCAAGGCCAUCUCGCAGAUGCAGUCCACAAAUGCCUUGAAUGUCGAGGAUGAGCGCGAUGAGGCGUCGCAGAAGCUGCUUGGCGCGGUCAUGGGCGAGGCUGUCAACCUGCAUCAGCGCCAUGAGGACCAGGGUGGCAGUGCCGAUAAGGAGGCGACUGCUACGGCCGCGGUGCAGACCGCUUUGGGCAUUCUCGAGGAGGCCGGCAAGGAGCCGCAUGGCCGUCGGGCGUCGGGUGGAAACAGCGGGGGAGGCUAUGGCGGGCAGUAUGGCGGCUAUGGCGGCUAUGACAACUCGUCUGGUGGAUAUGGUGGUCCGGGCGGAUAUGAUGGUCCGGGGGGCUUCAGCGCUCCUGGUGGCUUCAGUGCUGCUCCGGCUGGUUUCAGCGCGCCUGGGUAUAGCAACCCUGGCGGUUACCACAACUACUGA